AUGUUGGCCGCGUGAGAGCGGCAGUGGAGGGGGUGGCGGUCGCUGCGCUCGCUGUGUGAGCUGGCGGGGGUUUCGGAUUUGUCCUUCCCAAAGCUUGGGCGGAUGGAGGAGGAGGCUGCGAGGAAGAGGAAGAUGCCUUGGGCCCCCCAGGCAGGUGAGGAGGAAGUCAGUGUCCCUUUGGGCGGGUGUUGUGCUGGCUCUGUCAGCCGAGCAUGGCCCCGGCUGCAGGACAACCCCGCUGGCGCCGCCGUCCUGCCGGGGCCAGAGUUGGGGGGAUGUCCUUGGCCUUCCCUGUGGGCCGGAGGCAAAUCCCCUCCCUGUCCUUCUUGCUUCCUGCCCCAGGCCCCGAGCUGAGGACGGAGAGCCCGGAGGACAAAUCCCCCCGGCAGAGCCUGGUGGGAGAGGCCGUUUUGAAGGGCUCCCCGGCGCAGGAAGGCAGCGGGGAGGAAAAGGGCCGGAGAUCCCCCCGCAGGAGGGGCUCCAAAGCCAGCCCAGGGUGCUCUGAGGAGGAAAGAGCCAGCCUGUGCCAGGAAGGCGGCCGGAGCUUGAGGCGGAGCUCUGACCUGGUGGUGCCUGAGCAACCUCCCAGCAGGGAGAAGCCCUUCAGGUGCUUGGAGUGUGGGAAGAGGUUCAGGAAGAGCUUCAGCCUCAUCCGACACCAGCACAUGCACACUGGGGCACGUCCCUACACGUGUGGGCAAUGUGGGAAGAGCUUCAGCCAGAGCUCCAACCUCUGCACCCACCAGCUCACCCACACCGGAGAACGACCCUACAAAUGUGGGGAAUGUGGGAAGUGCUUCAGCCAUAGCUCAACCCUCCGCAAACACCAUCGUAUCCACACUGGGGAACGGCCCUACAAGUGCUUGGAUUGUGGGAAGAGGUUUCGGACCAGAGAGAAUCUCCUCAGGCAUGAGCAGACACACACAGAUGAGAGGCCCUUCCGCUGCACCGACUGCGGGAAGAGCUUCAAGCGGAACACCCACCUCGUCAGGCACCGGCGCAUCCACACCGGGGAGUGUGGGAAGAGCUUCACCCAGAGCUUUAACUUGACCUCACACCAACGGACCCACUGGUAAGGGAAGCCCUCGAGUGCCCCGACUGCAGGAAGAGCUUCGACCGCUGCUUCCACCCUGAAUGAACCCCCUGAUGGGGAGGCAACCCCUGGAGUCCAGUGACUGUCAGUCCAUCCCUUUUGACCACAAAGGACCAGUCCCCUUUCCCAGGGGCAGGUUCUUCCAACAGGACCCUUCCUGGGGUGGUGUGUGGAGAUUCCUGCCUUGGCUGGGGACCCCCCAAGGUCACUGCUGGAGGUUGAGAGCAGAGAUCUCCCCACGAGCGUUGGUCUGGGGGAGUUCCAUCCAUCUCUAAUUAAGAAUUAUUGCUUUUGUGCCAGCUUGAGUAGAAUUGCUUCAACAAUUGCUUUAGUGUAGAGCACUGUCCUCUCUUCUCCUGUACUCCUGGUAGU